AUGCCAGCACAGAAAUCACGCGUGGAGAUCACACCCCUCUCUACAUGCGCGGCCUGCGAGACACCGCAAAAAUAUCUUCGAGACCCGCUCAAGCGGUGCGGCAAGUGCAAAACCACACUCUACUGCUCUCGGAUGUGCCAAGCCUCGGACUGGCAGGGACACAAGGCGCGAUGUGGAGCGAUCGCAUCUCCUACGCAUAUCAUAGGCGGGCUCGGGUCUAGCCUGACAAUCGUACAUCCGGCGCCGGCCGCGACUGGAUCAAAGCACAUGGCAAUAUCAGCGCGAAUCGUCCCGGGUCACGAAACCACUCAGGCGUCCACUCACAAGGUCCCAUCUGCUUCAUCAAAAGCGCGUAUCACGGCACCUGGCCGGACUCCAGGCUCACGCCCACCACCGUCGCACAUUGAGUACGAUAAAGGCGGGUCUGCUCUCGUGGGCGAGGUCCUCGCCGAAAUGGGGAUCACCGACCCGGCGAAGAGAGCCCACGCGCACGCGGCGGCCAAGCCUCAUUUCUCCCAGCCCCUCGCUUCCUCCUCCCCGCUCUCCUCCAGCUCAGCUGCACCUAAACCCCACACCUCGUCAGCCAAGCCCUCUUCCUCUCCUAACUGUUCCCCGCCCACCCGGUACGACAUGGGCGACUCUGCCGCUCUCGACAACCUCCUCGCCGGUAUGGGAAUCACCGACCCCUCGGAAAUAGCCGCUAUGCGCGCCGCGUCCAUGCCUACCCUCUCCGUCCCUCCUCGCACCCCCAAAAAGGACAUCCCACUCCCCACCCCGGAGAAUGCCUACCUCUCGGCUCUCCCCCUCUGCGAGGCUAUAGAGCAGCUCAUCGAUGCGUUCAAGCUCCGAUGCGAAGAUGAAAGCCUCUCGAAUGCUCGGUCGGCGGACACUUACGGCGGAGGAUACCGCAUGCCUCUCUUCCGCGCGUACCUUGACGCUGCGGAGGAAAGGGGGACUCUGCCUGGAUGGUGGAAUUGGGAGAACAGGGAGACGACGGAGGGUUUGGUUUGUGACAAGGAGGCGGGGGUCUAUCUGUGGGAUACGGUGUCAGAGCAGGAGCUCAGGGAGAAAUGGGAGGAUCAGGCGGUGCCGACGAAGCUGCGCAAGUUGGCCGAGGAGAUAUAUGGGAUGGAGGUCAAGAGGAAUGGAGGGAGUGAGACGGGCCGAAAGACCGCAACGGCCAAGCACCUCGCGACCUCGGCUACUCCUCUCUCGUCCGCUCGCGGUGCCGCGCCACCCGCUGCUACCAAAGCGUCCGCCCCGCCCGCGGCACCGGUCACAACAUACCGGCCUUCACACCGGCCUCCUCCACCUGCCGCCCACAACGACGGUGGGUCUGCUCUUCUCGACGAGCUCCUCGCCCUUAUGGGCGUCACCGAUCCCGAGGAAGUAGCCGCAGCGCGCGCAGCCACGGUGCCCCAUCUUUCUGCGCGUCCAGGUCGGGCGUAG